CCUGCCGCUAGAACAGAGCAUGGCGACCACACCCUGCACCUCAGAGUUCGAGGCCGAGAUUGGGGAGCUGCUGGACGAGUUUGAGGCGGUGGUGGAGGAACUGAGCGCCCCGUCGGUGAAGACCCACGGCACCUACGAGCCGCUGCUGACCGCGGCUAAACAGCGUCCGUCUUCUGGAGAUGGAGUCGCAGACAGUGGCAUUGAGGACACGGAUGAAGGAAGUGAAGCAUCUCGGGGGAACAGCUUGAAUGCCAGCGUAGAGGAGCUGAACACGGCCUGCAUGAUGCCAGCUUUAAAAGCCAAACUGGGCGACACCUCCGAUCUCCAGAGCUUCAUCGAGAAUCUGGAUAAAGAGCUUGCAGAGAUGUGAACAGACGGUGUAGCUACAGGACACAGGACGAGACCAAGAACCAACAUCUGCGGGAUCCUGGACCAAAAUCAGCCUCUUGAGGUUGGACCUUUGACAAGUAUUCCACCAAGAAAUGCAGAUUUUUGACAGUCACUACUGGAAUUAGCAUAAUAUCGUAACACAGGGUCUGUCUGAAAACCUAGUGAGCUGCCUUGCUGCCUACUGCCUACCUGAUCAGCUGCCUCAGUAGAUAGGAUUCUAAUAAGACAUGGAACUCAUAAUCAGAUUAUUUAGACGCUUUACUAACACAGCACGCCAGCUAACGUCUCCCUGUGUGUACCGAAAACAGUUAAACUGUCGAGCCCAAAUUUAUAAAUAAACGACACUUGUGCACCUUUAUACACAUUAAACAUCAAUGAGAAUUCAUUUACAUUUAAAGGAACUCCGUUGGUUGCUCCGCAUUUAAUUCGUCCGCCACGUUUGUCAUAUUUUGUGAUGAAUGCUGAAUGCUGGGAUUGUCUUCAGCGCUGAGGAGGUGUCGGACGCUCCCUCGUCAUUCAGUCAGAUUAUCACUCCGAAUUAAUUGUGCCUUAGUAGGAGCAUCUCAAGAGAUCUAAGAAUUUAGACACGCCCUCUUCUCAGGAGUGUAGGAUGUGUAGAGAUCACCAGGUUUUCAGACACACCCAGAGAUUCCAAUUAAAAUGUGGAUAAAACUGAUUUAAAGAAACACAAAGUGGCUUUAAGGCAGAGGUGUUUUGUUUGGGCGGCGCCCCACACCUCAAGUACUUUAACCUCAACAGCAGCUCGGCCAGCGAACGCAGACGUUCUGUAUUCAAAGCUUAUUGUAAACAAGUCUUGACCCAUACAAGCGUUUACGCCCCCCCUAAGUGUCGCAACCCCCUCACCAAGCACAUGGAUCAACGUCUGAAUGACUAAAUAAGAAUCCAUUAAACGUUUAGUUUGUUUGGGCUCAGUGUGGGCAAAGCCAUACAUGCACCGUGUUUGCUUUAUCUAUCGUUAUAAAACACAUUACACACAUGUGGACUAUUAUAUUUAGUAUAUUAGUGACUCAGGUACAAAAGCUGUGUGAAUUAUCUGCAUUUUAUCUGCAUUUUAAUUGUUAUCACUGUAAUAAGGAAUGUAAAUAAACAAAAAACGAGUGUACUGAUUUGUAUUUUGUGUUUUUAUACAUUUGUGCACCUGGCUUGGCUUGUAAAAUUUAAAAGCAGCUUGUUUUAUACUUAAAUAUAUACAAAUGGUUAAAAUAUAGACACGACUGAAGAAUUCUGCCGUGUAAAUGAGUGCAGCUACACUCCUGUUCAGAUUUUUUACUGUGGUUUAUUUAUAUAUUUGUAAACUUUGUAUUUUUUAUAUGAAUAAAUAUAUUAAGUGUUUAUUUUAUAA